UGUCUGUCUGUCCCUCUGUCUGUCCAUCAGGAGUCCCUGCAGCAGAAUCCGGACCUCUCUGCGUUGGAACAGGAAGUGAUGCGUCGCCUGUUGCAGGUGAAGGAGGAGGCGGAUCUUCUGAAAGGGGGUCUGGACCGGUUCUCCUUCCUGUGGCAGAGCGACCGGGCCGCCGUCAUGAAGGACUUCCUGAAGUACAGCCGGCAGCUGGGCCCCGAGGAGCUGGAGGCCGAGGAGGCCCCGCCCACCCUGAAGGACUUCCACAGAGAGAUCGAGUGUCUCUCCAGACUGAAGACAGAUGUGACUCAGUUGGAUGAUGUGGUGGUCCUUCACAGCUGGCUGCAGGUGGACCUGCGUCCAUUCAGAGACUCUCUGCUGUCUGUCCUCCACGACUGGAGACAGAUGUACACAACGUACCUGCUGAGUGCCGUCAGCGACAGUUUUCAUCAAGUGACUCGGCAUGGCGAGGAAGAGUCCUCGUCUUCCUCCAGGUUCCCUCUGACAGAGACCGUCCUCCUGCUGGAAGCUGCAGGAGUCAAGCUGCCUGAACACCUGGCGGCUCAGCUACAGUGCUGACGACCUGAAGAGGAACCUUUCUCCGCUUCGUUCCCGAGAGGACUUCAUUAAUGUGACAAUUAAAAGUUGAGUAAAUCCUGACCUGUCGUCUGACUCGAGUCUGUAAAACCGGA